AUGAGCGCGCUCACGGUCGGUGUCAUCAUCGGCUCGGUGCGGCCCCACCGCAUGGGUCUGCGCGUUGGCAAGUACUUUCAAGCCAAGUUGCUUCAAAAAGGCGUGCAAAAGGUCCACCUCAUCGACCCGGCGCCGCUUCAAAUCCCGCUGCUCAUCGACCGGUACGCGGCGCUUCCUGAAGCUGAUCGCACCGCUGGCCUCCGCGAGCUCCACGCCAAAAUCGCUGAGAGCGACGCGUACAUUGUCGUCUCCCCCGAGUACAACAACAGCUACUCGCCCGUGCUUUCCAACGUCAUGGACUACUUUUACCACAACGAGUACUACUACAAGAGCGCAGGCAUCGUGACGUACUCGAUGGAGUACUUUGGCGGCGUCCGCGCGGCCGGCCCGCUCCGGCCCUUCUUGGGACAGCUCGGAUUGACGACGAUUCCGCUCACGGUGCCCGUGCCCAAGGUGCAAAAUUUGCUCAGCGUCGACGGCGACGUGCUGCCGGACGCCGGGGGCAGUGGCUUCGCGUUGGAGAACGGCGCAGCAAGCUUCGUCUCGGAGCUAAUGUGGUUUGCGAACGCGCUCAAGACGGCACGGGCAAAGGGCGCGCCAUAGUCAACAGUCGCCAACGACCACGCUAGAUAUGAUGUAUUUUGCGUUAAAAUACCACGUAAUGUCAACGAUAUCCUCACA